UUGAGUUAAGAAUCAGCCCAUUUCAGUUGCCACUUAUAAUAGGACACUAAGGCUGCAAGUAGAGGUGCACAAAUUAGGUUCUAGGCCCAAACCGGUUCAGGUUGUAACCGUGUCAAGUUGGGUCAGCAAAAGUCAAACUGGGUCGUGUUGGGACCGGAUAUUAAAGGGGAAAGAAUGGAGUUUGACCAGUUUGAAACUGUUUGUUUUUUUCCGGAUUGGCUUGUGGGUUAAACUUGAUGGGUACAGGUCGAGGUCGGAUAAUUGGAUAAGGGUCAGAGUUGAUUGCGAUAUGGGUCAAUAAAUGGGUCAGUAGUAAGAUAGAACUGGCCAUAGGAAGUUUGUCUAUUUAGUCACUUGUUUUAUGUGUUUGAUUAGAUCAUGGGUGGGGGUGGGUUAGCUUUGUUUGUUUGUGCAAGUAGUGGGAGGUAUUUUAGGAGAUGGUGUGUUAUAGGAUUAGUGUAUUUUGGGACUAUUUGAUGCGGGCCCAAGUGUAGAGGAGCGGGCCAACUUAUAUUUGGAGGCCGAAGAUCGUGUGACAAAAGAGGCUUCACUAAAAUGGCUCUAACUUGGGCUACGGGUGUCCGUUUUGGGCGUGCGACCAGGCGAAACGAUCGUGAGAGCGAGGUCCAUCUUUCUACAAACGCCUACGGCAGUUUGGGUCAUCGUUCAGGCCCAAAAACGGUACAUCAUGAUAUGACUGCACCAUUGCAACAUUAUUUCAUAUAUACAGGCCAUAACUCGUACCUCACGGGGAAUCAACUCAUUGGUGGUUGUAGUGUAAAACAAAUUAUAAAAUCUCUUAAAAAAGGUGUGAGGGUAAUUGAGCUAGAUUUGUGGCCAACCAGUUCAAAAGAAGGAAUACAUGUUCUUCACGGGGGGACUAUGACAACUCCCGUGGAACUUGAAGAAUGUUUGACGGCCAUUAACGAGCAUGCUUUUGUGAAGUCUCCAUAUCCAGUGAUCAUCACUUUAGAAGAUCAUCUUACACCAAAUCUUCGAGAUAUUGUUGCAAAGAUGGUCACGGAGAUAUUUGGAGAUACGCUUUACCACCCAGAAGCAGGAGAUCACAAUGAAUUCCCUUCACCCGAAGCGUUAAAGCAUCGUAUUCUUCUUUCAACAAAACUACCAAAAGAACACCUUGACGAGAUUAACGGUAGUCGGGAGGAUAAUAUAUCCAGCUUAAAUCAUGAUUUGACACAACUUUUUGAAAUUGACUUUGAGGAUGAAAAUGAAGAUGCUGCAAAUGAGAAUCCUGGACAGAAAACAACUCCCGGAUACACACAACUCAUUGGAAUUCAUGCUGCUAAACCAGAUAAGAAAUUAAGUAAGGCGUUAACAGUUGAAUCAGGGAAAGCUAAACGUCUUAGUUUGGGUGAACAAACUCUUGAAAGAGCUGCAUCUCUUUAUGGAACUGAUUUGGUCAGGUUUACACAAAAGAAUAUUCUUAGAGUGUAUCCCAAGGGUACACGGAUCACCUCUACAAAUUUCAAACCACUCCGUGCAUGGAUGCAUGGUGUUCAGAUGGUCGCUUUCAAUAUGCAGGGAUAUGGAAAAUCGCUUUGGAUGAUGCAUGGAAUGUUCCGAUCCAAUGGAAAGUGUGGCUUUGUUAAAAAGCCCGAUUUUCUGAUGAGCAUGGGUCCAAAUAAUGAGGUGUUUGAACCAAAAGUACCAUUAGAUGUGAAGAAAACUUUGAAGGUGAGAGUAUAUAUGGGUGACGGGUGGCGUAAGGAUUUUAGCCAGACCCAUUUUGAUAAAUACUCACCACCAGAUUUUUACACAAAGUUGUAUAUGGUUGGAGUCCCAGCUGAUGUUAGGAAGGUGAGGACCAGAGAAAUUAUAGAUGAUUGGAUACCCAUAUGGAAUCAAGAAUUUUCAUUCCCAUUGACCGUCCCUGAGCUAGCUUUACUGAAGAUCGUUGUGCGAGAACAUGAUGCAGGGAAGGAUGACUUUGCUGGUCAAACAUGUUUGCCUGUGUCUGAGUUGAAAACUGGGAUUCGGGUUGUUCGACUGCGCGACAAAAAAGGAAAGAAAUUCAAAUCUGUAAAGCUUCUUAUGCAGUUUACGUUGGAGUAGACAAAACCGCGGUAACUACUUGAUUAAUAUCCUUUGAGCUCUUUAGAUCUUAAUUGCAACUAGACUGGUACCUGAUUGUAAUAUAUGUUGUAAACAAUCCAUUCUGUUUGUGAAAACAUUUGAAAUAUGGGUGGCAACUUAAUCUGUUACAGAAACA